UCAGAAUGAAUCAGAAAUAAAAAUUCAAUACAUCGUAGAAUAACAGAAUUGUGACAAAAGCUGUUCUCAUAACGAGCACUUUACUAAUCUUUAUACUUUUUCCUUAAAGGAGAUAUAGUUCAGUUUCAAACACAGCCUAUCAUUACUAACUAUUGUUAGAGAUACCAGUUAACAACAAUGCUCUACACUGUAUUUUAAACAUACAAACAGUGUAACGAGAUGUCCAUGGAUAAAAUCUGAACAGUACUAUGUGUAUAACUGACUUAACGUGAAACAAAUAUGACAGAACUGCUAUAAACUGAAAAAUCAGUUCACUGCUACUGAUGCGAGUAGCAGCCAUCUUGAAUUCUCAUGUCAGGGUUGGUGGGGUUGCUCCAACUUUUCGAGUUGGAAAUCAGAUUAGAGGGUUCUUCUGAGCACAACUGGAACGCACCAAAACUUCAGUCCUUUUCUUGACAAGAGCUUUCUCCAGCAGCGCAAAGAAACAUCAGUGUUUUACUUUACGUUUUAUCACUUCUUUUCGUCUACUGACGUUAGCAUGCUAAACAGUCUCAUCACUUUCCGAUAGCAACUCACUGUAGUGUCCAGACUCCCCCUGCUGUCCAGACAGCAUAUUACUCUGGCUGAAUCAACAGCAGAGAAAACUAUUUGUUAAUUGCAGUAUAGAUUUACUUACAAGGUAUGGAUAAUUAUUCCACCGUCUUUUAUUUUGAAAGCGAAACCGGUAGUGUUGGUGUGUAAACUUUCUAACUUGACAGUGGUCGGUUUCCAGCACAGCAUGCAGUUUCAAUCCCCGGACCGCUCCUUCACCACAGCAGUACAGCUGUGAUCGACUGUGUCCAGGAGGGAGCGGAAAAUGGAGACAGUCCAACCCGCUGGAUAUCACCGGGAGCACGGAUCCGUUUGCUUAACAUCAAAAUCACCUGGGCACAUUUCAUCAGCAUUUACCUGUGCGCGUGUAUGUGAGGAUGCACUGUGCGUUUGGUCUGCGUUUGUCUCUUUUUUUUUCAUUUAGAUUGACGGAUAAUUGGAUGGGUUAAAGUUGGUCUCCUCUGGAUGCUCGUGUCUGGAGGCUGCGCGCUGCGGAUUCAGUGCCGGAUGAUGUUUGAUUCCUCUGGUGGCUCACUCAUGGCUUUUUUGUUGGCUCUCUGGUGAGAGGAUGCUGCGCUGCACCGAGCUGAUCAGAUGAUGAUUCUCCCCUCUGCUCCCAACAACUCAGGGUGCCAAGCUUCUCUUGAGGUAGGACCUUUUCAGUAGGCCUGUUCCUGCCACCCAGCAGCCAUGGACCCCCUCCCAGAGUACUCUCAGUUCCUGGUCCGGAUCCUGGAGGAGCUGGACACCAAGCACAACUCCAUGUCCUACCAGGACCUGUGUAAAUACCUGUGUGCUCGCUUCGACCUGGUGCACCUGGCCAAACUCCGCAGCCUGCUCUUCUACACGGCCUGCAUGGACCCCGCAUUCCCAGCCACGCUCUUCAAGGACAAGAUGCGCUGCUCCAUGGAGGACCCGCAGUCCAAGAAGCUCAUGGUGGCGGCGGACAUCGUCACCAUGUUCAACUUGAUCCAGAUGAACGGAGGCAUCGCCAAAGACAAGCUCCCCAUUGUGCACAGAGCCAAGUUCUACAAGAACAAGUCGGUGGAGCUGUGCAGGUCUGACAGCGACGCCUACAAGUAUCAGGACUGUGACAGAGGGGUCGGGUACGAGCACAUGGAUCACCCCAGGGAUGGACACCACCACCAUCAUCAUCACCACCACCCCCAGCAGCACGCCGUGGCUCAGAACGCCUCUCCCUGCUCUAAACUAUCUGAGUGCAAUAACUGCCAGCAGUUUAUUCCCACCUCAGACCCCAACUUCCUCCUGGGGGUCAGCAAGGACCUGAAAUGUAGAGCAGCCUCUCUGGACAAACUGCACCAUCUGCCCCAGUACUCCAGCAGCAGUCCGCCAUCUCCACCCUGCGAAAUGCAGAGCACCUACUUUCCAAUGGACAUCGACAGCGAGUCCACCACCGACCAGGAGUCCCUGCAGCACAUCGGCCAUCCAGAGCCCUUCUCUGUUCACUCCUGCAUCCAGAAGAGGAACAUCUUCAAGGAGGACUUUCACAACUUUGUGGCCUUUUCACCACAGGUCGUCACCACUGAGAGCAAGCAGGGCGGUAAAGCUGCUGAAGGUUACCACAGGAGGGAGCUGCACAAGCCUGCCACCUUCUUCAACCACAGUUUCGAACUGCCUUACAGCAACCCCUACUUCGAACCGACACUCAACUCCCCUCUGCAGGACAGACGGAGGGUGAAGCACGAGAGCCUGGACGACUUACAGGCGUCCACGUACUUUGGCCCAACCACGGUCUCGGAGUGCGUCAGCAGCAGGAAGUACAGUAACAAAGCGGGGAAGCAGCCGGCGUGGCCGGUGAAGAGCCUCAGUCUCAACACGGAAGAGGGGCCUCCGGACUUUGAGAGGUCGUUUCUGAACAGCAAACCCCUCAAAGAAAACCACCAUCGCACUGUCGGUAUCAUGAGCGCCGACAACGAGCAGCAUUUUCAGAGCCCAAAGGAGAAGGUGGUAGCUUCUCCCUCUGGGUUUGCAAAGAAAACUAACGGAAUAAAAAACAAGGAUGUAGCACUGAUAGCAGGUGGUGCUGUGGGUUUGGAUAAAAGAGAGGCAGCCAAACGGUUUAGAGAUAAAAACAUGAACAGUCCAUCCUUUCAGGGAGCGGACAGCUCUUCUAGUGUUGGGACUCAAACUGAGCAGGGUGAGCAGAAGAAAGUGAAAGAAUACCCAGUGAAGUACAGCGACAGAGAAAGACGUGCCUUCAAACACUCUGACGAGGACUCUGAAAUUGUAAGUGAUGACAUAAGUGACAUUUUUCGUUUUCUGGAUGACAUGAGUGUUUGUGACUCUCUGGGCAUUGUCCAGUCAUCAUGCUACAACAGUACCGGGUCUCUCUCUCAGGGAACACUGAAGUCUGAAGGCGACAGCUCCCCUGAACGCAACACCGUCAAACUUGCCAAGUCCAAGCUGGACCGCCUCUUCCAUUCACUGGAAAACACGACGACUGAGCUCAAAUCAAGUGUGUGCAAGCUGGUGAUGAGGAUCGGUGAGAUUGAGAAGAAGCUGGAGUCUCUUUCGGGUGUUCGCAGCGAGAUCUCCCAGGUGCUGUCCAAGCUGAACAAGCUGGAUGAGAAGAUCCAGGAGCCCGAGGCAAAUGGGAGACACAGGGAGACAGCGUCCGCAUCCGGGUGCAACGCCACCCCAGACAAACCGCAUCCCCAUCUGCAACCGCAUCUCGACACCGCCCUCUCACCUCGUGUUUUCCAGUGCCACACCACUGGCCACAAUGUCAAAGUGGACAACGGCCCUGUGGGAGAGUGGUGCUGUUCCGAUGGGAGCAACAGCGACAGCCUCAGGGUGAAAGCUCUGAAGAAGAGCAUGCUCACCAGGAGGUCAUCCCGCUCGCUCAAUGAGGAGAGCACCGCCACUGAGUCAAAGGUCGCCAGCAUCACCAACUCUCCGCGGGACUGGAGGACAGUGUCCUACUCUUGCCACCCCGGAGAAGAGGGCAAGGACAAGGACAGAGACGGCAAGGACAGACACCGGAAAGCCAAAGAGGCAGAGCGAGAACGUCAAUAUGAGCUCCCCCAGGCCCACUGUCCCCAGAACGCCCAUCCGCCCUUGAUCGAACAGGUUUUCUCACCACAUCCCUUCACCCCCUCCAUCAAGGCCCAUGUGAAAGGCAGUCACCUGUACACCGACCUGAGGCUUACCAGCCUGUCAGACGGGAAGCGCAGCCAGCCAUCCUGGACCAUCGAGGAGUAUAAACGCAACUCAGGAGAGAAGGGAAAACAGCUCACAGCGUUGGACCUGCAGACCCAGGAAUCCCUAAACCCCAACAACCUUGAGUACUGGAUGGAGGACAUCUACACACCGGGCUAUGACUCACUGCUGAAGAGGAAGGAGGCAGAGUUCAGGAGGGCUAAGGUGUGUAAGAUCGGAGCACUGAUCGCAGCCGCUACCUGCACCGUGAUCCUGGUCAUCGUUGUUCCAAUCUGUACCAUGAAAUCAUGAGAGGAUGGAGACGCCCUGCCCUAAUGAACGAUGCACUUUUACCCAUGUCCUUUUCUGUUUGUGGACUAGGUAAGUGUUCAUCCACAAUACAAACAAGUUUGGGCUUAACUAUGUCAGUUCGAUGUUUUUCUGGUGGUCUUACUUGCCAAUAUAAAAAUGGUUAGGACAGCUAUUGUACAAUAGAAAUGAAUUCAGCAAGUGCAUAAUAUAUACUGUAUAUCUACUGAUUUAACAGUUGUAGUCUAUUGUAUUGUCAAAAACUGUGCGGGACAGUUGGAAAUUCAUUGAUUUACUUGUACGUCUUAAACAACUGCAGCAGUUGAUCACUGAAUUAAACUGAAUUUGUUGAUGUAGCCAAUGUAUGAUAUUUUUAUUUUUCGUAUAAUUACUGUACAGUGUAUUCUGAUCAAAGUUAUUUUUGAUGAAUUAUCUGGUUGAAUGUGAGAAUUUAUCUUUAUCAAUAACAGCAAGAAUUUUAAGUAACACAAUUUGUGCAACACACGUUUUCUAAAUAGAAAUAUAUUGAAGUACUUUAGUUGAAAUAGAGAUACAGUAUACUUCUACAUAGAAUGCAGACACAGUAUGAAUACACAGCCAAACUGAAUGUAUUGAUGACGUUAGCCUACUCACUUGGAAAGGAACAAAACUGAGAAGUAACUUGAAUGUUGCUGCCCUUUCCUUCCUUCUUUUUCUGAAUUAUAACCAGCCAACAGCACAUACCUGCUCCUCUUCCCAAAACAGUGAGUUUUUAAUUUUCUUUCUAAGUGUUUUCUCAGUGAAUACCUGAAGUUCUGCAUUGCUGUAGACUAAAGAAGCUCACCCUGGAGGGAUUGUAUGGGCACAGCACUGUUGAUUGGGCCAGCUCCCCACGCUGUGUGAACUAUAAACAGAAAAACAUCCCUCUCUGAGCGGGUUCAUCCAUCCAUUCAUUGCUGCAGUCUCCGUGAAUGCCUUAAAAUAUGAACACUUCAGUAGCCUAGCUAGCCCACUCAUUACCCUGUCCAUUUCAUUGCCUGGCAACCUUUAGUUUAGCCUCAAUAGAAAAAACAGCAAUUAGAGAAACUAUACACUGAUCAGCCACAACAUUAAACCACUGAUCUGGGGAGUUUGGAGGCUAGGUCAACACCUUGGACUCUUUGUCAUGUUCCUCUAGACAUUUCUGAACACCUGUCAGUGUUUUUAAUGUCAUGGGUGAUCAGUGUAUAUAACCCACUGCAUUUUAGAUUAAAGAAUAAAUGUGGUCUGUGUUUUUCUUACUGUCAACAAAUCUCAACAUUAGGUUGUUUUAGUCCAUGUCUCAAUACUUUUUGAAGUUCCUGUCCCUUUGCACAUCCCCAAGCCCAUUGUUGUUUUAGUAAAUGUUACUUGAACAGAACUAAAUAGCACACUUGUUGGGAACUAUUUUCAGUGGUGGAUUAAUACACAUUUGAUACUCUAGUGAGUAUUUCUGGCAGCAUGUGGGACUGAAUCAUAGGAACAGAGAAGAACAGAAUACGUAUGAAUACGUAUCAGUGGGAUCAGUUUAUUGUUGAUUUGGAUUUGCAUGUUGGAUUUGUUGACAAUAAGAGAGAUACAGUCAUCAACCUCAUCCUUUAACUUCCAUGUGACUGAAAACCAAUCAUUUAUCUUCCAUAUAGCCCAGUUAACAAUAUUUUGGCCUCCUCACACUGCUCAUUUGGUACAUCUCUAUAAUGUAGUGCAACUCAACACAACAGCCCUGCAUUAACCUCAACCUUUAUGAAUGUUCAUGAGAGAGGACUUUACUCAACUCUGCAGUCAUUUUGUUGUCAGUGUUGCUGUUGUAUUGGACUCUAUUUCUAAUGUUCUGUUCCUCUCAUGUAUGUAAAUGGAACAAAAUAUUUAAUACACAUUUCCGUAUAAUCCUUUCUUGAUCUUUAUAACAAUAAAAACAGAAAACAAGUAUGUACACAUCCACACAGGCAUAAAAUGGUGAAUCCAUGUCCAACCAGAUAAGUCUGGUUCCAGAUCAAUGACUCUGAUUUAUUUAGUGAAUCAAGUAGAUCUGAUGUUGUGACUGGUUGGAGAAACAAUUGACCUAUCAGAGCUUUGUAGGUGGGGAAGAAUGAAAAAUGGUGCCAUAAAAAUUAGAUAGACAGCUGUACACAGGUUUUUUAAAUCGACAGAGAUAAAUAAACAAUACAAAACAAUAGGGUCCUUGCAACUUCAUAAUAAACAUACACAAUUCUUUAAAAUAAUACCUGCUGUCUCCCUUUGCAAACACAUUAUGAGUAUUAAUUGUUUGUAAAGUUUUUGUGUUUUUAUAUAUUCUUUUAUAUAUAUAUAUAUAUAUAUAUAUAUUAUAAUCAAUCAGAUCACAUAAGGAGGGCUUUGGUCCAAUAUUGAUGAUCUGAUUCUGCAAUAAUUUUUUUGGCUCUCUUUUGUAAUAAGAAAACUGUGUUUUUAUGUAUUUUUCUGUCUUUAUACACAGUUGGUUAAGGAGCAAUAUUGUGUGGUAAUGUAACUGAUUUUAAUUUAUAUUUAAUUUUUGUUAUAUUUAUUAUAUUUAUUUCUUAUUUGCUCUUUGAUUUCUGUAUAUUAUGUCUUAUUUUAUCAUCUGUAUUAACUAAACAAAUGCAUGAUUGAAUAAUGCACCACCUACAUUAUAUCAGUGCAGUAUUGAGGUUCUGCAGUAGAUGUUACAACCCCAAAUAGCAGCCAUACUGCUCGCAUGUAAAUGCAUUUUAGUUAAAAAAAAAAAAAAAAAAAAAAAAAAAGCAAAAAUCAAAGACGUGCCAAACCGAAACAUAGAUUCCAUAUAUUACUUUAAUUAAAUGUCACCAAAAUGUUUGGAUUAUAAGUAAUUAAAAGCGGUGUUGUUUUGGAGAAAACUGCAAAAGAAACCACUGCUCUUUUUUACUUUGGAGCCACAGAGUUCACAAGCUUUGUUGUGUGGGAUGAAGUGGACAUAUCAAUAUCCACACAUUGUCCAUGGUUAAUUUUUUAUUACUUCAACAGUUCUAUAGGGGGGAUUGAUCAUCAAACCAACACCUAGAAUGUAUCAAUUUAAAGCUAAAUGAGUGACCGUACAUGCUACUGAUUUUGAGAAUUAUAUCCAUAUUGGUCAGUACUGCCUCUCAUAACCAUAACCAUACUAUAGUUAUAUGUGUAGAUAUUGUAAAAAAUUUAGACAAAAACCAGUAUGUUUUUUUUAGAAUACUCCAAUGUUUUUUUCUGGUGAUAAGAUUGAUUUUCUUCUCUAUUGCUUCAGGUCUUAAAGGAACAGUGUGUAGGCUUUAGUGACAGUGGUGAGAAGUCAGAUUGCAACCAACUGACUACCCAUCCACUCACCCCUCCCUUUCCAAGUGUGUAGCCACCAGGUGACAAAAUGGUGUCAACUACCACUUUGACUGGUUGUUUAUAUAGCAAUAUUUAGACAUUGUAUUUAGUUGUUAGUCUGUAAAACUAUAGGUAAUAGCCGACGUUGCAUCAAUGUAGAAACGCAAAAGGCCAAAUAUAGAACCAUUGCUUGGUUCGGUUUGUCUGCUCUGGGCUACUGUAGAAACACUCCAUGGAAGAGGACUCACGCCCUAUAUAGAUAUAAAUGGCUCAUUCUAAAUGAAUAAAAACACAAAGAUUAUUAGUUUUAGACAAUUAUAUUUCAUUUCUGCCAAUAGAUUCCCUGUAAAUGUUACACAGUGGCCCUUUAAGAGUUUAAUUUAAGAGGUAGUUAUCAGAUGAAAAGUAGCCUUGCCUGAUAACUGAUUCACUGGUGCACUGCUUCUGCCUUUCAAUAUGGCACCUGUUGCUCCAUGGCGACGUCACUGCAAGACCUCAAUAGUGCAGUAAACCCCAGUACAGCCAAAAAGCAGUUUAUGGUGGUUGAUGGGAAAGUGCUGGGAAAUGAGAUGGAUAUGCUCCCAACUGAUCCCUCCAACUGUCUGCCUGAGGCCCCAAUUUACUUUUUAGUCAAUAACUAAAAAGUUAUUGUUCAGGAUAUCAAUUUGCCUUCUUAAUCACUCAAAAUCACUUAUUUUAAAUUGUAAAUCUAAACCAUAUACAUCUACUGUCUAUAAUGAAGAGGGAAUCUGAACCCAGCUGUAAGCAGAGAGCCACUGUUUCUGUUUCUCUUACUGUUAACCAUCCACUGCAUUGGAUCUGCCUUCAGCACAGAAGAUUUGAGCUGCAGCACACUGGAGGAGUCUGUAAAUAGCUUCAGGUUUGAGGCACAUUGUGGGAGCAGGUGUUAACUGGAAGAAUAAUAUAAUAAAAAUGUAUUGUUCUGUCUGA